AUGGCAAAAGCCAGGAGCUCGAGCAUCUUUCUCCCCAGCAUGCGGACCACCGGGAACAAGAGAGCCCUCUGCCCAAGUUUCAGGCUCCGGGAAGUGGCCUCCAUGUACUUCACCAUGAUUAUGGUUUUCCUGGUCAUCCUGGUGGUGGCUCUGCAAGGCACAGCUCCCCGGGAGAAUUAUUUCCCUUACAAGGUGCCCCUGGAUCCCCAGAGUUUCCUGGAGCUCUCGUGGAACGUCAGCUACCCAGAGCAGGUGGUGCAUUUCCAGCUCUUGGUCAAGGAGCCAAAAUUCGGGCUGCUCUUCGGGAUGUCGGACAGGGGCGAGUUUGAGAACGCGGACCUGGCCGUGCUCUGGAGCGACGGGCACAGUUCCUAUUUUGGGGAUGCGUGGAGUGAUGAGAAAGGGCAGCUUUCCAUGGAUUCCCAGCAGGACUACCAGCUUCUCAAAGCGCACAGAACCCCCGAGGGACUCUACCUGGUCUUCAAAAGAGCCUUCAGCACCUGUGAUCCGAAGGACUACCUUAUAGAGGAUGGUACCGUGCAUCUUAUCUACGGGAUCCUUGAGAAACCAGUCCGUUCUCUCCAAGCCAUCAACAUCUCUGCCCUCCACAAGGGGCUGCAGAGGGUGCAGCUGCUGAAACCCAACAUUAGUACCCCAGAACUGCCCAGGGAUAUGAAGACCAUGGAGAUCAGAGCCCCUGACGUGAUCAUUCCCAGCCAAGAGACCACAUACUGGUGUUAUAUGGUGGAGCUUCCAGACAGCUUCCCAAGACAUCACAUUGUCAUGUAUGAGCCAGUGAUCACGGCAGGCAACGAAGCUAUAGUCCAUCAUAUGGAAGUCUUCCAGUGUGCUGCAGAAUUUGACAGCUUUCCACAUUACAAUGGGCCCUGUGACUCCAAGAUGAAGCCGGACCGACUGAACUACUGCAGACAUGUGCUUGCAGCGUGGGCCAUGGGCGCUCAGGCCUUCUACUAUCCAGAAGAGGCAGGACUUGCCUUUGGCGGUCCAGGCUCCUCCAAAUAUUUACGGCUGGAGAUUCACUACCACAACCCUCUGGUGUUCAAAGGUCGCCAGGACUCCUCGGGGAUUCGCCUUUAUUACACAGCCACGCUGAGACGCUAUGAUGCUGGCAUUAUGGAGCUGGGCCUGGUCUACACGCCGGUGAUGGCUAUCCCACCUGGGGAAGCUGGUUUCCUCCUGAAUGGGUACUGCACAGAUAAAUGCACCCAAGUGGCUCUGCCCCCGGCUGGGAUCCACAUCUUUGCCUCCCAGCUCCACACUCACCUGACGGGAAGAAAGGUGGUAACGAUUUUGUCCCGAGAAGGGCGAGAAAGGGAAGUUGUGAAUGCGGACAAUCACUACAGCCCUCACUUCCAGGAGAUCCGCAUGUUAAAGAAAGUGGUUUCUGUCUUCCCGGGUGAUGUUCUCAUAACAACCUGUAUGUACAACACAGAGGACAGGAACCAAGCAACUGUGGGCGGGUUUAGCAUCACGGAGGAGAUGUGCGUCAACUACGUGCACUAUUACCCCCAGACGCAGCUGGAGCUAUGCAAGAGUGCGGUGGAUUCUGGCUACCUGCAAAGAUAUUUUAAUCUCGUGAACAGGUUUAACGACGAGGAGAUCUGCAUGUGCCCACAGACCUCCGUCACACAGCAGUUUUCUUCUGUCCCUUGGAAUGCGUUCAACAGAGACGUUCUGAAAUCUCUCUAUGACUUUGCGCCGAUCUCUAUGCACUGCAAUAAAUCCUCAGCGGUUCGUUUCCCGGGCGAAUGGGAGAAGCAGCCUCUGCCAAGGAUCACCAGGGUGCUGCCGGAAUCAUCCCCACGCUGCCAGCCCGCCCUAGGGCCUCCUCCGGCAUCCCCUGCUCUCGUCAACCUAGGCAGGGUAAAGGCAGAAUGAACGCCCGGCGGCCUGCCUCCCCCGAUGCGAUGCCUUGAUACUCAUUGU